AUGGAAAGGUACCGCCAGAAGGGCCUUAGCUGGGCCACUUCCAACCCGCCGCACUUGUCCACCCUCAGGAUGACAUUUAACGUUAUUGGCUGUGUCCUAUCAUUUCCAGCUUACUGGUUAACUACCGUCCACUGUCGAUGGCCUAUAACUGUCGACCUUGUCGUUACGAUUGGGUUGGCAGAACUGGCCCGCUACGUCAACGAGGGGCGGCGCAUGGCCUAUUACGACGCAGAUCUGAAGCCCUCGGCCAAGAGAAAGAAGGAUGAUUUGGAGAAAGCAAUGUUACAAAUAUCCUCACAGAUGCCAAGGUUAGACUGCAUGGCUGCAGUGGUUGGCUGGCGCGAGGACCCGGCACUGUUCACGAGGGCGCUUGAGAGCUACAAGCGAGCUAAGGGUUGUAUUUUCCUGCUGGUCGGUGUCGAUGGCGACGAGGCCGAGGACGAAGAUAUGGUUACUGUUUUCAACAGAGUCUAUCCGCGUGAGUCAGCCGUCAUUCAUGUCCCAGAACCGCUGGGUGAGGUGGCACAGGCUGUCCGGUUAAGAGAAGUUGCUAGAUGGCAAAACAGUGGCAACAGAGUUAAUGAGGCUGAAUGUGACCAAGUGGCUAUAGAGCACUGUCUUCAAGUUGCCCGUAAGCUGCUUUCUGAAAAUGAUAUACGACUUCGUGGACCUGGCGCUAUCAGUCAGCUAUGCCUCCGCCAGCAACAUAUGCAUAAAAAGGGCAUUAUGUUUACAUCCUUUAUCUUCUCUCUUAUCAUUGCCGAAACCUUGGACGUUGAGUUCCUCUGGAGCUCCGACUCGGACACGCUGGUUCAGGAGGAUUCUCUCAGCAGGACCGUCGACGCUAUAGCAGCUGAUCCGACAAUCGGUGGUGCAAGCUCGGGGCUGAAUCUGCAUAACAGCGAUGAAACAGCCGUAACGCAGCUAGCGGAUACGGUAUACUGGGGAGAGCUGUACCUCACGAGAUCAUUUUCAGCGGCGUCUGCGACGAGUGACUGUCAGAGCGGCCCCAGUUCCAUAUUUCGUGUCGUUACAUUGGGUCCGAUAAUAAUGCCGUGGUAUAGGCAGACGAUAUUUGGAAAGAGAAUGAUCAUCAACGAGGAUCGCCAUCUGACGACAAAUCUCCUCACUCGUGGUUGGGGUGUGGUUUUUGCAUCUGAUGUUCUAACAGCAACAGAUACUCCGACUACUCUUAGCCGCUGGCUACGCCAACAGGUUCGAUGGGCUCGCGCAACACACAUCGAAGCCCUCCUCCAGCCUCGUGUUUACAUGGUCAACCACCCUCUCCUAUUCUUUGCAAUGUGCAGACGAGAGCUUGGCCCCGCUAUCGCAGCUGUUGCCACUCUUUACUACUUUGUCACUUCAAGGCAAUUUAUGUACCUCUCAGCAUUUGAUGUCAUGUUGCGAUUCGUUGUGUCUUUUGCGUACAAUGUCUUGCGUAACCCACAUCGGCUUAGUCGCAGGUCACUAAAAUGGGUGCUCCCAGGGAUAUUCUUCUAUUACGUGCCCUUACCGGCAAUACACGUGUGGAGUUUGUUUACGUUGACGGCCGAUGGCUGGGGCACAAGUAUGAGAUCAAAUAGUGAGAGAGUGAAGAAAGACAGCGCGAGGAGAGCCUGGUUUGAGACUGGCUUCUUUGUGGUAUGGAUGGGAGUUAUUGCUGGAUCAGUCGCCAGGUGGCUACUUGCACAUGUCUUUGUGCUACAGAACAUGUGGGAUUUCGUCUUCUUCACUUUGAGUAUAUCGUUUGGUUCAAUUUUAGCCUGGAGGAUAACUGUCUUUAACGGCAGCAAGUAA